CUCACCAUGAGACUGGUACUCCCUAACCCAGGACUGGAACUCCGGAUCCCUAACCAUGAGGAUCUGGAGAAGAUGGAAAAAGAGGAGGCCGAGGACAGGCCCAAGUGGGACAACAAAGUCCAAUACGUCUUAACGUGUGUGGGUUUUUGCAUUGGGCUCGGUAAUGUGUGGAGAUUCCCUUACUUGUGUCAAAGUCAUGGAGGAGGUGCCUUUUUGAUUCCCUACUUGAUCCUGCUGGUGCUGGAAGGGUUGCCUCUCUUGCUGCUGGAGUUUGCUAUCGGCCAGCGUCUCAGGCAAGGCAGUGUUGGAGUGUGGAGGGCCAUCAGCCCUUAUCUGACUGGUGUUGGUAUAGCCUCCAUGCUGGUUUCCUUUUUGAUUGGACUGUACUACAACACCUUGGUAGCCUGGAUCCUGUGGUAUCUCUUCAAUUCCUUUCAAAGCCCUCUGCCUUGGACUCAGUGUCCCCUCAAUGAAAAUGGGACAGGAUAUGUACCAGAGUGCCAACAGAGCUCCACUGUGGAUUACUACUUUUACAGAGUCACUCUGAACAGUACAACCUCUAUAGAGGACUCUGGAGGUAUUCACUGGCCUAUGGUAGUCUGCCUGCUAGCUGCCUGGACAGUCAUCGCUAUAUGCUGCAUAAGAGGCAUCAGCACAUCAGGCAAGGCGGUGUAUGUCACAGCCAUUCUGCCUUACAUAGUGCUGGCCAUCUUCCUGAUCCGAGGACUGACUCUCAAAGGUGCCCUGAGUGGCAUAAAGUUCCUCUUCACACCAGACGUGGAUGAGUUGAUGAACCCAACUACUUGGUUGGAUGCAGGUGCCCAGGUCUUUUAUGCAUUUGGUUUGGCAUGGGGAGGCCUCAUCUCCUUCUCAAGCUACAACCCUGUUCAUAACAACUGCAUGCAAGAUGCUUUGAUUCUGUUUGCUGUAACUGGCCUCACCUCAGUUUAUGCUGCCACAGUCACCUACACCAUCAUCGGCUUCAGAGCCACAGAGAAAUAUGACAACUGUAUUAGCGAUAACAUCAUGACAUUAUUAAAUGCAUUUGGCCUUCCUGAAGACAGCAUUGAUACAAGCAACUACGAAGCAGCCUUUAAUCAUCUGAACAGCACCUACCCUGAUAUUGUUCCUGGAUUGGACAUCAAAAUCUGUGACAUACAGAAACUUCUCAGUGAGGGAGUGGAGGGAACCGGUCUGGCCUUCAUUGUGUUUACAGAAGCUAUCAUCAAGAUGCCUGGUUCCCCAGCCUGGUCUAUCCUCUUUUUCAUCAUGCUUUGCUGCUUAGGACUCUCAACCAUGUUUGGCAGUGUUGAGGGAGUGGUGGCCCCACUGAGAGACCUAAAUAUAUUCCCUAAAAAAUGGCCCCAAGAAGCACUGAAUGGAGUGACAUGUAUUGUCGCCUUCAUCAUAUCCUUCCUGUUUAUGCAGCGUUCAGGGAUUUAUUGGGUAACUCUCUUUGACAACUUUGCUGGAUCUGUUCCUCUUCUGACUAUUGGAUUGUUUGAGAUGAUAGCGGUCGUGUACAUCUACGGCAUUGACAGGUUCAAUGAGGACUUGGAGUUCAUGGUUGGACAUAAGCCCUCCAUCUUCUGGCAGGUUUCAUGGAGGUUCAUCAGUCCUUUGAUCAUUCUGGUUAUUUUGGUUUUCUACCUGGUGACACAAGCUCAAAAAAAGCUCACCUAUUCAGUCUGGGAUCCAAACUCUGAGAAGUUCCCGUCUCUGGCAUCAGUGCCAUACCCUUCAUGGAUCAGUGUAGUCAUCUUUCUUCUGGCUGGAAUCCCCAGUCUGGCAAUGCCUCUGUAUGCAUUAUGUCACCUGGUCUUUGUUUGUUGGAAGAAGAAAAAUUAGUAUCCAGUCAAAAAUAUAACAAAAUGCAAGUUCAAUGCAAAUUCAGUUGUUACUCGUUGCAUUAAUUAGCCUUGUAAUAUGGUAUCUUGCUACACUGGGCAACUCAUGAAUAAUGGAAUAAAUAAUACAAUUCUACCAAUAUCUAAAAAUGUAUAUCUAUUGGAAUAUAAACAAUAUAGCAAGUAUAAACUUUCUAAUAAACAUGGCUUAAUGUGAGCAUUGCAUGCAGCUGAACUCUGACAGCAUAAAUGAUCUACAACUUGGAAAGCAGACAGUAGUGUCAUGGGUUCACCUCAUCAGUUGAUCUUUAGAAGUCAUAAACAGGUGGGUUGUGUGUGUGACCUAACUAUAGAGUAUACAUGUUUAGACAAGCAGAAGAUAUAGAGCAGCAGUGGCCAAGAGAGGGAGACACUGACAGAUCAUAGAGUGGUAGUCAGGUUCAGGUAAACCAGAUGCAACAAAGCACAACAUACUGUAGUGUCUGACAGCAAUGUUGAAAGUGCUCUAACUGUUAAAAUAUUAACUGACCAUUAUUACUAUAACAAUAAAUCUGUUA